GUCCAACCCCUCGCUUUACCGACACCUAAGCCAACGUUCUGACGUGUCAGGGCCUCAGGAGUCGACGAGUCGGCUAGUCCCAGGCGCGAAGUUUACUGGCUUGGGAAAGGGGUCGCCCGAAGUGCGAGAUGCAAGCGGGGAAGGAAGAUUCAUGAAUGCUAAUUACUGGCAACUCUCCUGGGUCCUGCUUUGAAAUGCAAGCUACCCAAGAAGCACCAAAGGAAUAAUGUUGAGUCCCUUAAACUUUAGAGGAGAGGUCACAUACUCAGCUGCAUCCAGGGGCCUGAAGCCCAUCCUCUACUCCUAUUUCCGAAGCUCCUGCUCCUGGAGAGUUCGAAUAGCUCUGGCCUUAAAAAACAUCAACUAUGAGACAGUACCCAUCAACCUCAUAAAGGAUGGGGGCCAGCAGUUCUCUAAAGAAUUCCAGGCACUGAAUCCCAUGAAGCAGGUGCCAGCCCUGAAGAUUGAUGGCAUUACCAUCAGCCAGUCACUGGCCAUCAUCGAGUACCUGGAGGAGACGCGGCCCACUCCGAGACUCCUGCCUCAGGACCCAGAGAAGAGGGCCCUCGUGCGCAGCAUUUCCGACCUCAUCGCCAGUGGCAUCCAGCCCCUGCAGAACCUGUCAAUCCUGAGGCAAGUGGGACAGGAGAACCAGCUGGCCUGGGCCCAGAAGGUCAUCAAUUCUGGCUUUAAUGCUUUGGAGCAGAUUCUGCAGAGCACAGCGGGGAAGUACUGUGUGGGAGAUGAGGUGUCCAUGGCUGAUCUCUGCUUAGUGCCUCAGGUGGCAAAUGCUGAAAGGUACAAGGUGGAUCUCACUCCCUAUCCUACAAUCAACCGUAUCAACAAGUCGCUGCUGGCCUUGGAGGCCUUCCAAGUUUCUCACCCCUGCCGGCAGCCGGACACCCCCGCUGAGCUGAGGGCCUAGCUCACAAACCAUGCCCCGCUGGUGUGGGAGUAGAAGCUGUGUGGGCUGAACAGGCCUGGAAACAAGCAAGCCCUCUCCAAAGAGGCAGGAGACUUGCACUCCUCGCCCUUGAACUCUAGCCCUGAAUCUGCCUUCACACUGAACCUUUCUGCCUUCUUUGUCCCAUCUGAAAAAUUGGGGCAGGAUGGAGUGGGAGUACGCCGGGAGGGAGGGAGGCAAGAACAUUACCUGCUACCUAUGUCAACGGGGCAGUCAUGAAGUGCGAAUGUAGCCUAAAAUGCCUGGCAAGUUUACCAGCGAGCCCCAAGGAAGUGUGAGUGCCUCUUCCCAUCUCCUCCACUGUACCUGACUCCACAGAAUGCCCACGCUGCAAUUUGAUGAUUAAACUGAGGCCCAAUCCCCCAGCUUGUUCAGUUAA